CCGGGUUCUUGCUGGUUUCUUGAAAUCGCGCGCUCUGCACGGAAGGGAAGGCGGGGAAGGCGAAUUCCUCUGCUGGGCAGGCGGUUUCGGGAGCUCAUUCAGCUUCGGAUUGACAUGGGUCCCUCUCGUGGCAACUUCCACUCGAAUGACGAGGACCCGACUCAGAGAUCAAGGAGAAAGAAGAAUGCUUCAACUGGAGAGAACUUGGAUUCUUCUUCUGCAGGUCAAGGAUCAAGUGAUGGGAAAAAGGCUUUGUAUCACUGUAAUUAUUGCAACAAAGACAUUACGGGGAGAAUCCGUAUCAAGUGUGCUAUGUGCCCUGAUUUUGACCUGUGUAUCGAAUGCUUCUCGGUUGGGGCUGAGGUGGUGCCUCAUAAAAGCGGCCACCCAUACAGAGUCAUGGACAACUUGUCAUUUCCUCUGAUCUGCCCUGACUGGAAUGCAGGUGAUGAGAUAUUGCUUCUUGAGGGAAUUGAAAUGUAUGGGUUAGGGAACUGGGCUGAAGUUGCUGAGCAUGUUGAGACAAAGAGCAAAGAACUGUGCAUUGAUCAUUACUAUGAAGUGUAUAUGAACUCUCCAGUCUUUCCUCUUCCUGAUAUGUCUCAUGUCGUUGGGAAAAAUCGCAAAGAACUUCUUGCAAUGGCUAAAGGACAUGGCGAGGACAAGAAAGGACCUUCCGUUGGUGAUCGUAAUCAUGUUCAGUCAAUUUCAAAAGAACCUUCUCAAGGAAAAUUUGCAUGAAAUCAUGCAGGAUGCGGAUCAGAUACAUAAUGAUCAUUCCCUCCCCAGUCCCCACCACUCAUUUUUCUGGGCAUUUCUUCAAAGAAGACAACAAAGACUGUUUUCCAUUGACCUACAUGUGCAUGCCGGCGUUAGGUUUGCAUGUAGUUAUGUAUGUCUGACUGUGCUCUAUACAAAACUGGAUAAGGGUACGUUCCUACAUUCAUUUGUUCUGAGAGAGAGACAGAGAGAGAGAGAGAGAGCAUUACAUGUUUGUUUUCUUUUUCCAUUCAGAGCCAGACAGAAGCUGAUUUAGUCAAAGAAAUAUCUCCACCAGCAUGCUUGGGUUGUUGUAUGAAUUGGUGAGCAAAGUUAAAGAGAGCCGCCAAAGGCAGGGACGUGCCGGCGUUGCCACUCAUGACUCAUGAUCGGCGUCUGUCCUGUGUUAUUCAAUUUGCUGUACCACCCGCUCCUUAGCCUCCUUUUCUGCAGCACUUUCUAUUCAUUUUUAUUGUACGACGAUAUCUCCAAAUUAAGUUUCGGAAGAC